AUGAUUAAAGUAGCUUUAGCUGCUCCUACCAAGGAUUAUAAAUAUUACAAUCCGUACUAUAAUCCUGAUGUUAAAUCAUAUGACCCUUAUUACAAUCCUAAUGUUCCCGAUUAUUAUUACAAACACGACGACAAGAAGGAUCACGACAAAUAUGACGACAAGAAAGAUCACGACAAAUAUGACGACAAGAAAGAUCACGACAAAUAUGACGAAAAGAAGGAAAAGCAUUAUAGAAGGUCCCCAUCCGAUGAUUAUUAUAAGAAAGUGAAGGAUUAUGACUACAAAUAUGAUCAUGACGAUAAAUAUGAUUAUGACUACAAAUAUGAUCACGACGACAAACACUACAAGAGAUCCCCUGAUUACAGCUCCAAAUAUGAUUACGACGACAAAUAUGAUCAUGACGACAAAUAUGAUCACGACGACAAAUAUGAUCAUGACGACAAAUAUGAUCAUGACGACAAAUAUGAUCAUGACGACAAAUAUGAUUAUGACUACAAAUAUGAUCAUGACAAGAGAUCCCCUGAUUACAGCUCCAAAUAUGAUCACAACGACAAAUAUGAUCAUGACAAGAGAUCCCCUGAUUACAGCUCCAAAUAUGAUCACAACGACAAAUAUGAUCAUGACAAGAGAUCCCCUGAUUACAGCUCCAAAUAUGAUCACAACGACAAAUAUGAUCAUGACAAGAGAUCCCCUGAUUACAGCUCCAAAUAUGAUCACAACGACAAAUAUGAUCAUGACAAGAGAUCCCCUGAUUACAGCUCCAAAUAUGAUCACAACGACAAAUAUGAUCAUGACAAGAGAUCCCCUGAUUACAGCUCCAAAUAUGAUCACAACGACAAAUAUGAUCAUGACAAGUGA